AUGUCUUCUAAAAAUGGUGUUGUUGUUGAUCAUGAUGAUGAGGAAAUGAAAAGUGUAGUUAAGAGUGAUUCUGAUAAUUCUUUGUCUUCUUCCGUUGGUAAGUUAAGUAAUGGAGUUGUUGGAGAUGAUGAAGAUGGGGAGGAAGCAGUAAGCAAGGCUGAAGUUGAUGAAGGAUCCCUCUAUUCUUUGGCAACUUUGGAAGCUGCCCUUCCUUUUAAGCGAGGAUUAUCAGUUUUUUAUACUGGAAAAUCAAAGUCAUUCGUGAAUUUGCUUGAAGUGAAAUGUUUGGCAGAGAUGGAAAAGGAUGAAAGCCCAUUGAACAAGAGGAGCCGAUUAACUACAACUCAGAAUGCGAUGUAUAAAUGGGGUAGCAGCUCAAGCUCUAUGCCAGUCUUGACACGCAGUGAAGGCAGUGCUGGGGUUGAACAAGAGUUCAAAUCAUCCACCGGCAACACAAGCUUUAGCUCCACCAACUCUGCCACCAAGCCAUCCAUCAAAUGAUCGUUUAGUUUCGUUUAGUUUUUCCCCUUUGGGUUGUGAUGAGGUGUUUUUAAGGUCUUAAGGUUCUUUUUUAUCUCUCUUUUCUCUUUUAAGUAAGUGGAGUGUCAAGUUAUUAAUUAGGGAAUGGCAUAAUAAAGUUUAAAGCUUUCUUUGUUGGAUUUGAUCAUUUUGUGUUAACAAGUGUUUUUAGUGGUAUGAUUUGAUACUUUUUCUCCGAAAGCUAAAGAUCAUUUUGCUUUACUACAAAAUUACAAACUUUAUGUUACUAAGUUGAAAAAAGUAUAAAGGUAAAAUCGUGGCCUAGUGGCCAAUGAGGUGUGUUGAGAAUCAUGAGGUCUCAGGUUCAAAUCCCAUCAAAGACAAAAAUACUAGAUGAUUUUUCAUUUGUCCUAGCCUCAAUGGAGGUGCGCGUAAACUGGCCCAGACUCCACGGUUAUAGA